AUGGUUACUAGUUCAAUUGCAUGGGGCGCGAUUGGUCAUUCGCUUGUAUCUCAAAUAGCCAUGACAGUUAUGACCAAUGAGUCCAGACGAUUCGUUAAAGAUCUUUUACCAUGGUAUGUUCAGGGUAAUAUGAGUAUGCUGUCAUCAUGGGCUGACAAUAUACUAUAUCCUGAUACAAAUCCUGUUGGUUAUCUUAACUGGGACUGGUCACGUGAACAUCAUUACAUCAAUACACCAGAUGGUGUUUGUGAGUAUAUCCCAGACAGAGAUUGUGUGGAAAACAAGUGUAUUGAUGGUGCAAUACAAAACUAUACCAGAAGAUUGGCUGAUACUGGUUUCGAUCAUGUUCAAAGGCAAGAAGCUUUGCAAUUCUUAGUUCAUCAUGUAGGUGAUGUUCACCAACCAUUACACGCUGGAUUUAUAUCUGAUCGAGGAGGUAACAGUGUCAGAGGGCGGUUUUUUAAUGUGGCAACUAACUUACAUUCAUUAUGGGAUAGUGGUAUAAUCAACAGACGGGUCAACACAGACUUUAAUAGAAGUGCUGAAGAUUAUUUUGAGUAUUUGAUGACAAAAGUGAACUCCACAUAUGCUAAUAUCAUCACUCAAUGGUUAGUCUGUCCUAUUCAAACACAAUUUUCAGCUUGUUCAGCCUCAUGGGCUCAGGAAAGCAGCGAUCUAGUAUGUGGAACCGUUAACAUCGCUGAAGAUGGGAGUUUAAUGAACAGUUCAUGGAAUUUUACUCUUGGAUUAAAUUAUUUCAAUAAAAACUGGCCAAUAGUAGAAUCUAGACUGAUACAAGUACCUACAUUGGAGUCAGUACCUACAACGAAUUUAGCUGGACGAGGUUCUGAUAUUAAAAUCAGUAAAGAAUUACAUCAAAAUGGUGGUUUACAUGUCAUAUUAAAUUAUCUACCGAAAAACUAUCGUAUCGAACAACAAGCAUUCGGUAGAACAGCUCGUCAAGGUCAAUAUGGUUCGGGACAACUAAUAAUUGUUGAUCAAUCCAAUUUGGAAUAUUCCAAUAAGUCAUUAUUAGAAGUAAUUUAUUUAAAAAAUGAAAGAGAUUUUAAUGAAAUGCAUCGUAUUGGAGAAGUUCUUCAAUAUUAUCAAAGAAAAAUUCAAUUCGAAGAAAAUCUAUUUGAACGAUACUAUCAAGCAUUUAGUAGAUUAAAAGAAAAAAUCGAUAAACGAUGGAAAAUUAAUGUCGAAAAGAAAGAUAUUGUAUUGAGUUCAUUAUUAAAUCAAUGGGCUUUUUGGUCAGAUAAUAUUGAUUUUCAAAUGAAUGCUAAACUUGAAAUCUUUCAAUCAUUAGAAAAUCUUUGUCAUCAAUUCGAACAAAUUCAUAAUUUCGAUGAAUUAAUCGAUCAACUGGUUAUUGAACCAAAUCAAUUAAUAAAAUUAAGUAAAUGUUUUAUUAAAGAUAAAAAUUAUGACAAAGCAUGUCAACUUUUACAAACAGUUAUUAAUAAUGAACCAAUGUUUAGUCAUGCAGCUUAUUAUUACAAAGCACAUUGUCUUAUUAAACAGACACAAUUAGUAAAAACUAAAGAGAAAAUUGAAUUUCAUCGUUUAUUAGAUCAUGCUGAAUAUCUAUUCAACUAUCAUAUUGAUAUGUUAAUAGCACAUAAUUCAAUUUUAACUAAUCUUAAUUUAUUAAAUCAAUCAUUUCUUAAAAUUGAUUCUUAUCGAAAACAAAAUAAAAAUCUUUGUAAUUUAUAUUCGUGUUUUAUUCGUUCGAUUCAUGAUAUACGUGGUCAUUCAAUAACAUCGAAUACAUUUGUAAAUAUCGAUAUCGAUGAAAAAUUAGCCAUGUCAAUUUAUAAACAAAUGCUUAUUUCUGAUGAAAAUAUUUUCAUUCGAAAACAAUUCAAUAGAAAUUUUAAUGAAAAUCAAUUGAAAAAGAUUUGUAUGGAUUAUCAAUUAAAUUACGAUGGAUUUCAACGAUAUCUAUCACAAAUCAAAUAUGUUGAUGAAAUGAAUUUGAAACAAUAUCUUGAUCAUGUUCAAAUGCCAAAUCGUGAUCAGUUUUGA